GCGUGAAAUAGUUCACUUUCUAAGUGUCACUUUAUUUUAUUUCACUAAUGAAGAGGAUCUCGCCCUCCUGAAGAAGAGCUGGGAGCAUUUUAAUUGAGCUCAGUUUUGUGCAUUAUCCGCUGUUUGUCUUAAUGAAAAUGACGGAGUAUAAACUGGUUGUCGUGGGAGCUGGAGGUGUUGGAAAAAGUGCCUUGACAAUUCAGCUGAUACAGAAUCAUUUUGUUGAUGAAUACGACCCAACAAUAGAGGACUCAUAUCGAAAGCAGGUUGUCAUUGAAGGUGAAACUUGUUUGUUGGAUAUUCUGGACACAGCGGGACAAGAGGAAUACAGUGCUAUGAGAGAUCAGUACAUGAGGACAGGAGAAGGUUUCCUACUUGUAUUUGCCAUAAACAAUGCCAAAUCAUUUGAAGAUAUCAGCAUGUAUCGAGAACAGAUUAAAAGGGUUAAAGACGCAGAAGAAGUGCCAAUGGUUUUGGUGGGCAAUAAAUGUGACUUGCCAACCCGGGCUGUGGAAGUGAAUCAAGCACAAGAAGUUGCCAAGCAGUACAUGAUUCCCUUUGUAGAAACAUCAGCCAAAACACGACUUGGAGUGGAUGAUGCCUUCUACACAUUGGUUCGGGAGAUUAGGAAAGAUAAAGAGCACCGUGGAAAAGACAGAAAGAAGCAUCGAAUAGGCUACAGAUGGAAGCUGUGUUGUCUUUUAUAAUCAUGACAAAGAUUGUAACGUGUGGCACCAGUGUCAGGUAAAAUAUUUUUUGGAACUGACACCAGUUGGUAAUGCUGUGGUCUUCACUGCCAGGCAGAAGGUGCAUUGUUGAAAAUUACACCAAAGGUUUCAUGUGCUGGCAUCAUAUUUUUAGUAGGUGAAGAAUGUAUUGCUAUUUUUCUAACAUGGACAGAAACUGUUAGAAUACAUUCCAGUGGCAGUUACAAGUACAAUGUGAAACCGUUUUGUGUGACCUGUAUUACUCCUCUUUUCUUAUUACUAUUAAAUAGUUUGAUUGCUUCCAAAAGAGGCAAGGUACCAGAAAGACAGCUGCUACUGUGAACAUCUUUUGAAGGAUUAUAUGUUAUUGAUAAUUCCAAAGCUAUAUGUUGUUACAGUCCAACUCUGAAUGCCAGUCAUUCAAAAUGAAUUUAAAUUUUUAAACAUUGUUGUUAAAUAUGUAAUUCUAGAAUAUUUUCUCAGAUUUUAUUAUGCUGUAGUAAUUUAGAUAAGCCAGGUGUAUUUCUCUUGAGUGUUUGUAGUUGAGGCCCUGAUAUUUAUGCAGCAUUGUAAAGUAUGCUAUGUGUAGGAGUGGCCCAAAUCAUUAUUUAUUAUGAUUGCGUUCCCUUCUUCAUCAUAUCAUGUUUGAUUUUGAAAGACUGGUCUGAGCAGGACAGGUUUCACAAACUUUGUUCAAAUUGUUAAUGUGGUCAGACUCAGAGUGCAGACAGAAGUUCUGAGCAGGUUGUGCAUAAUUCCUUAACAGCUGCUUAUUUUAUAAGUCAAAUGUUUGUUAAUGUCUCUGAUAAUGAAAAGAGUCUACUUGGUUAACUGAGACACUGGUGAGAAGGUAAUAUUAAAAUGUAUCUUGGAGAUACAAAAAUGUUAGCUGACUCAAGAUAGGGUACAGUGUUGGGCAGGCUUUUGUGGUGAUGGUAACCAAACUUUGGGUUCCAUGAUAAGAUUACAUUUCUUUGCCCACUGUUUUUUCUGAUUAGAAACAGUUGUCAUGUCUACAUGGAUGUCACUGUAUACCAUUUCUUAUGGAACCUGUUAUAACUGACUGCAACAGUGUGCAGAAUGCUCAGACUGAAUGAGGAGGAUCAAGGAUGCAAUGUAACAUUUUAGAAAGCAGUUGGCCAGUCAUCUGAACUUUUCUGGAAUACAAGCUGCUUGUGUCAAUGACAAGUAUUUACAGUUCCCUUUCUUCUCACUGUGUGCACUUCAGUAUGUCAUACCAAAAUUGACUCUCUCUCUUUUGUCUCCUAUGCAACUGCUGCAGUAUUUCCUUAAAAUGUGCUGGUAUGGCUUGCUUUUACAUUAUCUUUAAUUUGUUCAUAUUCAUCCUGCUGCUUCUCUAAGUAAUCUCUGCACUUGGCAAACAGUUGAUCAGAUUUUAUUGUGAAAGUUUGUUUGAUUUAGGAUUAGUUGGUAAGGCCCUGUCAUUUACCAGUCUGUUCUCCUCUGCCUGUUAGUGUUGCAGUGUUGUAACUAGGUUUGUUGAAUAUUGGAUUUUCCACUCGGUGUAUUUGUCUAAAAUUUCUGAGCUGUAAAUUCAAACAUUCAUCAGGAUAUCUGCCUUUGAUAGGUUAAGUAUUGUGCCUCUUCUACACUACAACCACAUAUCUAUGUUUUUUUUAUGUCUGAACUGUGGUAUCUGCUUUAUCUGGUUUAAUACAGGCUGGGAAUACAUGCCAGCUGAUAUGUUCUUGGAUUAUUUAACAUUUUUUCAGGUACAUAUUUUCCCAUUUGUAAUGCAUCAGUUACAAGGAAUUACAAUAAAUUGAAGGACUGAAUUUCUUAUGGCCUGUUGUGCUUGGAAUGAAAUAAUGAGAUUAUAUAGUGGCAGAAGUAUUAAUUAUAGCAUUAAUUUAUAUUCAAUCUUAUUCAAGAUAAUGCAGCAGGACACUGCCAUGUCAUUGUUUCUCACUGUUUAGUUCCCAGUUUCAAAAUUUGAUGGCUGCAUCCAGACACUUGCAUUUCUGUUGUUGCAUACCAGAAGUGGCCAAGUGUGUGUGCAUUUUCUGAUUUGUACUAUUGAGGAAAUGAGCUGAGGAGUGCUUCAGUGUACUCAUUAUAGGCCAGUGAUUCCAGUCCCUUUGGGCUGCUGAAGUAGUCAGUGGGUGGCCAGAAGUUUGAACAUGACUAGCAGAUCCAUGUCAUUUCCUGCAUUAGCUUUCAGAAACUUGCUUGCAGCUGUGUUUAGACUUUGUUCAUUGAUGGAAAAAUUGCACUGAAUUGAAGGCUGAUUUAUGUAGAGAAAUAGAGGGCAAAUAAAAGAAGUCCUUAAAUGUAUUGUAUGCUCCUUAUAGCUCUGAAAGAACUGCACAUUAUACCUGUGCACAUGAAACUGUUACUUAUUUUACUAGAAGCUACAAUUGAAAAUGUUGGUACUUUUUGAUUUAAUUUUUCUUCUGUGUGGCAAUGAUGAAAUAUUUGAUUGUGGUUGGGAAGUUUGAAAUUCAGCAUUAAAUUAGGACAAAAAUAUUUUGACUCAUCCUUUGGCAGUGUUAGCAAUAUCACAGUGAUAGACCAUGUGUGAUAACAGCCUAUUUAUUAUAGGAGAUUUUCUUAGAACUGGCCACUUCCUUCUGUCUGUCACACCACUCCAUUGAUGAUUGAAUGUUGUUUGAACAUAGAUGUCUGUAGUUUCCUGUCCUGUGUAGAGCAUCUUAUAUUGCACCUAGAAGAAGGGAAGUCUCCAUUCAUUUGUUGUAAAACCACGAAGUUCAAGGUGUUGCGUAAAUACCUGGGCCGAAAUUUCUUUAGUAAUGAGCUGUGGUACAGUCAAAGCAGUCUAUAUGAUGUUAUGUAGACUGUACUUGUUACUUCUGAUUAUCUGUAUUUUACAUUGUCAGUUUUUUGCUGUGCAGUUUUUAAUCACAUAAAUUGUAAAACGAUCUCAUUGUGGGAGGAAGUGUGAGGCCAAUUUCAAAUCAUGUGCCUGUUAGUGCAGUAUCAUUUUAAUUAUAUGCUGUGAAGGUAGGGAGGGAGCAGUCUUCUACUUUCCAAGGAUGGGAUUUUCUCUUAAUCUGAAUAUGGAUGGUUUUAAGCUGCUUUCAUACUGUUUCACUGUGUAUGUAUGUGUGUGUGUGUGUGUGUAUAUAUUGCAUUGUCACCUGAAUUAUUUUAUUAAGGUUCCAUUUGGCAACCAGCAUCCUGUUCCAGCAGCACAUACAGGCAGCGACAUAACACUGCUGCUGUUUAUGAAAUGUGUAGGAGUCAAAAUUUAUUUUGCUAUCAUUUGCUUAGUACAGACAUGUCACUGAACUAAGCCCCCAUCAAGCAAGGUUUUGCACUUUAUUUUUAGGGGCAAGAUAGCUAGAGGGCUAAACACAAGGGGAUGCACAAUAAAUCAGGCAGUCAUGGUGCCAGGGUUAUUAAUUGCCCACCAAUUAUUACACCAUUUAUUCAAGAUUCUAUAUGAGGUUUUCAAAACUGAAAACGUUUAUUGUGGUUGUCUGGGUUGUAACAUUCUGUAGUGUUCUAUGUGGUUACCAAUGUUUUGCAGGAAUGUAUCACCUCAGUUUUCAGGGUAGAUGAAUCUGUAUGGUCAUCUGAAACAUUCGUAACCACCUACAACACUGCAAGGCAUUUUAACCCAAAAGACCAUAGCUAACAAAGUUUUUAUUUAGUUACUACAUAUGAUAUAAACCACUCUAACUUACGUAAUGUAACGUGCUAAAUUUGGGUUACAUUUACAAGAAUAUGUUCAUACUGUCUAUAUAUUUUUAAAGCUAUGCACUUACUAGGAAUUUUAUAAAAUGCUUGAUCAUAUUUGCAUUCACACUGACAGAAACCACUGAAUUGGUGUGUUAAGUGUAAGAAAGUAGCUGUGUGAUACCACAGACUUAGCAAAUGCUCAUAUCAGUAACGGGUUUUUUGAAGAGUGACAGCACAUACAGCAUUAAACUUGAGGUUUGGGAUUCAGUUCUCAGCUUCUGCAAGAGUGUUCUCUCAAAAGAGACAGCCUUCACUUGCCCUAGCAGCAGUUUCAAAACUUAGAUAGCUAUGCCCCCUUUACAGAGUAGAUUUACCAGCUUACUGAAAAUAACAGGAUGAGGAGCUUCAUAAUGUAUACCCUUCACUUAAUAUUGUUAUGGAGGUGAAAUUAAGGAUGAGAUGGAUGGUGUUCUUAGUGAGGUCUCAGAUAUGUGCACAUCCUAGUUUGGUCAAUAAACUUAAGGAAUAGACAACUUGGGAGAUGUAAAUAGAGAAGGGAAUAUUCAUAGGUAUCUCAGAGAAAUACAAUGCAAAGAGGUCGAAUACAAUAAUGAACAGCUUUACUUAUACUUUAAUGAACAUUAAUAUUUUUGUAAAUGCAGGCAGUUUCCUUCUCAGCUGAAUAACUCAGUUUCCAAGGCAGAACCUAUAUCUUGCAGUUAGUCCUCUUUCUGGAUCAUCCUUGGUUCUUUGUAGUGGUGAUUAGUUACACGAACAACAGUGAUUCAAAUUUGUGAAUGUUCUUCAUUCUCUCUAACAGCAGCAGCAGAAAUUUUCUAUUAAAUGGCAUACAGUCAUUACUGAAAGAAAGAUAUUUGUAGCUUACAAAAUACUAUGCUCCUUCGUGACUUGCAGCCAGGAUUUAGAAUAUUUUAUGAAUUAAAAUGUCUUUAUACAGAUAAGUCAUAAUUAUUCUUUUUCAGAAGUUUCCAAUUCAGAGGCAAUAACUGGAAAUUCAGAUAUCAAAACUUUGGUUCAACAGAAUAAAAUGUACUGUUUUAUUGUUUGCAGUGUCAUAUGUGUCUUUAAUUCAGGGGACAGAAAAAUCAUGCAACAAAAACACUUUAUUGCAAAGCUUCACAAAUCGAUUGUGCUGUUGGUCUGUCAUAUUUCAGAAGGAAUUCUUUCUGCCAGGGAGGGGAGAAUUUAAUUUGUAACUCCUCACACUCAGUCCUAUACAAAACAGGGAUGCUAUCAAACCGACUUAUUUGUGCCAUGAGGGGUGGGGGACACACCCCUUUGUUUGGAAGUUGUUGUGAUGUCAACUUUAUAUAGGUUUUGGUGGUGUGCCCUGUUGGAAGCAGCCUCUCAGUGUAUUUUCCUGUGCAUGUCCAACAAGUUGUGCAACUAUUGAAAGAAUGGGUUCAUGUUCAAUGUAUUGAUAUUUAUGGUACAUAUCUUUUCUCUCAAAAGUACCUCAAAUAAAUUACAGAACUUUUA